UCACUGCACAACGACAAUCAAGCCCCCAACUAAGAAAAUAAUGCACAAGAACUAGACAAAAAAAUCCACCUUCCUCCCCUCUUUCCCUAUCUAUCUCCUCCUCCAUCCUGUCUUUCUCUCUAGAUCCAGCCAUGGAGUCAAGAAAGCUGCUCGAGUCGCAGCCACUAAUCCCACCCUCUAAUCCCCAAACUCGAAACUACAUAGUCUUAAACCUACCCUUUAAUCUCCCCGCUUGGGAUCCACCCCUACGGAAGAAAAUCUACCGAACUUCUCUCAUCAUCCUAAUCCUAACCACAUUAUUCUACUUACUGUGGCCCUCGUGCCCCGACGUGGGUAUCGUACGUACAACGUUGCACCACGUCAAGUUCCAAACACACCCUCACAUAGCCGUCAACGUCUCGUUGGACGCUACUGUGAGAGUGAGGAAUAGGGCAGUGUACACGAUGAAUUACGAUCGCCUAGAUGUGGCGAUCGGGUAUAGGGGGAAGGAGCUCGGUCGUGUUGUGUCCGGUGGCGGCCAUGUAAGGGCGAAAGGUUCGUCGUACGUGAAGACAAAGAUGGAGUUUUAUGAGGUAGAAGUGGGAUGGGAGUUGAUAUACUUGUUGGAAGACUUGGCUAAGGGGUUUGUUCAGUUUGAUACUGUUACUCAAUUUGAUGGCUCUUUUGGUUUUUCUUUCUUUCAAGUUCCUCUCAAGGCUAAGAUUUCAUGUGAGAUAGUGGUGAACAUGAAGCAGCAGACAAAUACACAGAAUUGCUACCCUGAGUUGGAUGAUACGCGCAACGCCUAGUUUGGCUGGCAAGUUCUACUCAUAUUAAGUGUAUUUGUAUCCUAAUAUAUUGAUACGAGACGUUUGAGUUUGAAUCUAAAGUUUGGAAAUAAUAAUAAAUAUCAAAAUGUUAUAUGUUUGCGAUUUA